CUGUAGCCGCUUACGUCGAUGGUAGGCGUGUUCCGGUUGGCUGUGAUGUGGCCGGGAGGCCGGCGUUACUAACCAAUGGUAGCAGGUGAUGUGGACCUGGGCCCCUUACCGCCCCCAUGGAUCCAGAAAUUUCCAUCCUUUACUGCAGCCCUUGUCCUGAGGGGCUCCCCCAGCGCAGAGUCCGAGCUCAACUAUCACCUCACUAUCAACGGCGCUGUCUGCCCCCACCUCUGGAGGAGCAAAUUCUGCUGGAAUGGGAGGAGCGAAAAAGCAAGCAGCCAUGGGUCUUCAAUGGGGCUAAAUUUAGGCUUCAUUCUGUGAAAGCAGAGUUAAAUCAAAGAAGAGAGAAGACCAACCGGGAGAACAGGCUUGGAGAAAUAGGAGAUCACAUAAGGCCUGCCGAGUCUGAUGUGGAUGAGCAGGGUGGGCUAACUCUCCAUCUUGCUCUUACCUCGUACAGAGACUUCUUGGGCACCAAUUGGUCGGGUAAUGCAAAGGCAUUGCAGGAGAGAGGUGGUAGGGAACAUGGAGACCCAGAGGCUUACCUAGCCCAGCCACUGGGAGUAGGAGCUGCUUUGCAGUGCAGUGAUGGCCGAUUUGUGCUGCUGAGGAGAAGCAACAGAGUUGGAGAAGCACCAGGGCUGCUUGAUAUUCCAGGUGGACACCCUGAGCCAAAGGCUGUUGCCCCCAAUAUCCCAGAAGAAGAGCUCUCCCUUGAUGUUCUGAAGCCAGAGCUGGUCAUUACAGAGCUGUUCUCUUCUAUCCUUGCAGAGAUACGGGAUGAGGUUAAUUUACCCUUAUGGAGCCUCAGUGAACCAUUGCUCCUUGGCAUUGCUCGUAACCACACUAGCGCUGGACGUCCUAGUGCUGAAUUCUAUGUCAGAUGUAGUUUCAGUUCUGAAGAGGUAAGGGAAAGGUACCUGCAAGGAGGUCCUGAGGCAAGCGAAUCUACUGACAUUAUAUUUAUAGACAGAGAGGAAAUGUUGUCCCUUGAAAAAUCAGAGAUGUGGAAGGAACUGUGUCCAUCAGCCAAGGGAUGUGUGAAACUUUACCUGCUGGUACGGGAACAACAAUCCUGACACACACACACACUUGCUAGCUAUUGGAAUUUCACAUCUUUAGAUUUACAUCCUAAAUGUUGUGUGUGUGUAUAUAUAUGUUUUUUAAAUAAAUUCAUUUUCAGUAAA